CCCAUCCCUUCCUGGGAAAAGGAAACAGGACUGGCCCUGUCUCCAAGGCAACAGCUCUGGGGCAUCCCUAGCCAGUCUCCCUUGAUAGGGUGUGAGCCUUGAGCAGCCAGGACAGGAUAGGGUGGAUCGGGAGGAGGCUCUUAGCUCUCUCCCCCGCAGCCAGCUGGUUGGGGUAUCAUCUCUACCACUGAUUUUCCAGACCAGAGGAGCGGAGAAAAUGCCUCCCUUUAGCACUGGGGUCAUGGGCCAUCACCGCGCACGUCGCCGCUGACCCAGAUUCCCCCUUUCCUUCCCCCACCUAAAGAUGGCCAGUGCAAAUGAGACUGAAGAGGCCCACGGCUCAGCACCACACGCAGCCUCCACCUAUGCCAAGCUGCUGAUCCUGGGCCUCAUUAUCUGUGUGAGCCUGGCAGGGAACCUAUCCCUCUCACUGCUGGUGUUGAAAGAGCGCGGCCUCCACAAGGCCCCCUACUACUUCCUGCUGGACCUGUGCCUGGCUGACGUGAUCCGCUCCGCUGUCUGCUUUCCUUUCGUCCUUGUCUCCAUCCGCCAUGGCUCUGCCUGGACCUACAGUGUGCUGAGCUGCAAGAUCGUGGCCUUCAUGGCUGUCCUCUUCUGUUUCCAUGCUGCCUUCCUCCUCUUCUGCAUCAGUGUCACCCGCUACAUGGCUGUGGCCCACCACCGCUUCUAUGCCAAACGCAUGACCUUCUGGACGUGCAUAGCUGUCAUCUGCAUGGUGUGGACUUUGUCGGUGGCUAUGGCCUUCCCACCGGUCUUUGAUGUAGGGACCUACAAGUUCAUCCGUGAGGAGGACCAGUGCAUCUUUGAGCAUCGCUACUUCAAAGCCAAUGACACCUUGGGCUUCAUGCUCAUGCUAGCUGUGCUGAUCUUUGCUACCCACGUCGUUUACAUCAAGCUCCUUCUCUUUGAGUACCGCCAUCGCAAGAUGAAGCCCGUCCAGAUGGUUCCAGCUAUCAGCCAAAACUGGACGUUCCAUGGGCCUGGAGCCACUGGGCAAGCCGCGGCCAACUGGAUUGCUGGCUUUGGCCGUGGUCCCAUGCCUCCCACCUUGUUGGGCAUCCGGCAGAAUGCCCAUGCUGCCAACCGGCGCUUGCUGGGCAUGGAAGAAUUCAAGGCUGAGAAGAGGCUAGGCAGGAUGUUCUACAUCAUCACCUUGCUCUUCUUGGUUCUCUGGUCACCCUACAUUGUGGCCUGCUACUGGAGGGUAUUUGUCAAAGCCUGUAGCAUCCCCCACCGCUACCUCUCCACAGCUGUUUGGAUGAGCUUCGCCCAAGCUGCUGUCAACCCUAUAGUUUGCUUUCUACUCAACAAAGACCUCAAGAAGGGCUUAGUGGCCCACAUCCCCUGCUGGAGGACAGAGCCUGAACUACCUAGAGAGCCUUACUGUGUGAUGUGAGGAGUGCUGAGGGUUGGCUGAAAGGCAUCCACCCGUGCCAAACUGAACUUGGGUUUCAUUUUCUUUCUUUCUUAUACAUCACACAAGAUGCCAAACAAUGGGUCGUUCUUCUUCCCCUGCAACUUUGGUCAUGGUUCCUCAGAGUAUUUGGUAUCACAAAUGGACUCUGAUCUCUCAGUUAUGCUAGGGCAAAUAUCGAAAAUAACCCAUUAACUGUAAUGAGAACAGAGCUGGAUUCUGGUCUCAUCUCCCCUAGGGUAAAUCCAGAGCAAUACGAUGACUGUAACUGAUCACCAGUAGUAUUCCAUCCAGUUCUUAGAAAGGGUGCAAAACACCCUGUGUUUUACAGAGCCUUCGUGUUUUGAUAGCCUCCAAACUCUACCAAAUUGCUAAAAUCACUCACCACAAAAACCCCUAGAACUAACACCUUCCAAGCUUCUUAGUAUCCAUUGUUUCCUUGAUCUGGCACUUAUAAAGUUAUGCAUGGCACCACUGAAAGGCCAGGGUCAGAUUUUUGAGUUUAGAUCUCUCAGAGUGAAGGCAGAGCCAUCCCACUCCCUGGGACAAAAUGGGUUUAUGCUCAGCAGGGUUGAUUUAAUUUUACACCUGGAAG